GCUUUUCAUGCCAUCCCAAAUAUCGACGGAUAAUCCUCAAUAUGGUGCUAGACGCUCUGUCGGCGGUGUCUUUAGCCGCAACCAUCGUUCAGUUCGUCGACUUCAGCAGCAAAAUCGUCUCCAAAGGCUACCACCUCCACAGAUCAGCAGAAGGCGUUCUGCCUGAGAACGCGAGGCUCGGAUACGUGAUAGCGGAUCUGAAAGAUCUCAACACCAAACUUCAGUGCCACGAAAGGCUAGGGUGCUUGACGAGAGACGAGCAGGCCCUCGAAGAUUUAUCGUCGCAGUGUUCAGCGCUUGCGACCGAGUUGCUGGAGCGGCUAGAAAAGCUUAAGGUUGAGCAACAUGCUAAGAAUCGAAAAUGGAAGAGUUUUCGUCAGGCGCUGAAGGUGGUGUGGAGCAAGGAGGCUUUGGAUCAGAUGGCAGCGACAUUGUCAGACUAUCGGAGCCAGUUGGAGCUCCAUGUCUUACUCUCUUUGCGUGAAAACCAUGAUUUUUCUACCGUUGAGCAAGCCAAGGGGUUUGACAAGCUCGAGAGCUCUCAAAAACAUAUCAUUCGGCUGUUACAAGCAAGACAGACCCCAUUCAGCGAGGAAUUCCGGAUUCAGAACGAGAUCGUUGCCAGGUUCCACGAAGACAACAAAUUUCAUAUUACUGCCGAGCACGAGAAAACGCGAGCAGAAAUUAUCAAAGUUGUGAAAGAAUCCAGACUCAUAUCCUGCGAGCCUUGUUUAACCAUUCCAUCAAGCGAAAAAUCGGCUGAGGACGAAAAGCGGUCUCAGAUGGAAGACGCGAUCUUAGACAGCCUAGGAUUUCCGUAUAUGAACGAUCGGUAUCACGAAAUCGAGGAUGCACACAGAAAAACUUUUGAGUGGAUUUACAAACUUACCGAUCCGGGUAUCAAUCUUUGGGGCGACUUUUCCCAUUGGCUUGCUCAUGGAGAAGGCAUUUAUUGGAUUAAUGGAAAAGCUGGCUCGGGAAAGUCUACAUUAAUGAGAUACAUCUACGACGAUAGGCAAACGACAUCACUAUUAAAUGAAUGGGCCGGUACACCUGAUGGAUUGUUAUCGGCAGGAUUUUUCUUCUGGAAAAGCGGUGUUCCCGAGCAGGCAUCCCAGACCGGACUCCUUCGCUCUCUUCUCCAUACUCUUCUGUCCCAAAAGCGCCAACUUAUCCCCAAGGUCUUGCCGAAAGAUUGGAAAGAAUGCCAGCGGCUUAAGUCCUUAUGCCAAUCCACCCAUGAAUUGAGAGGCUGGCGUCCGAUGGAACUCAUAAAUCUCAUCAAAAGCCUUUUCAAUUAUCUGAUGGGCACACGGACCUGCCUGUUCAUCGAUGGGCUUGACGAAUAUAAUGGGAGCCCGACUGAUACUAUCCGGCUUUUGAAAGACAUAUCCUCUUCCAAUGUCAAAAUUUGUGUGUCCAGCCGCCCGUGGAAUGAAUUCCAUCAAGCUUUUGACGAGUUUCCGGGGCUACGACUGCAAGAUUUCACCUUUGACGACAUUAGCCUCUAUGUUAAUGAAACUCUUGCUGCAGAUGCAAGAAUGAAGACCCUGUCGGAUGAGUACCCAACUGAAGCUUCUAAGCUCGUCACUGAGAUUAUCACCAAAGCAGAUGGCGUGUUCCUGUGGGUGAAACUCGUUGUGAGGUCGUUACUAGAAGGAAUAGGGAACGGAGAUAGCAUUUUCGAACUCGGAACCCGAUUGCAGGAACUUCCAUCUGAUUUGGCUAAGCUUUACGCCCAUAUGCUAACCACCGUCAAAGAGAGAUAUCGAAUCGAAGGUUGGAAGUAUUUUCAAAUGAUGCAAGCCUGGCGGCUCUUGGAUAUUUUGCCAGCGUUUGAAGGUUCUUAUAAGCAACCUAUUCGAGCUCUUGUUUUGUCUUUUGGCUUAAAAGAAACUUCCCGGUCACCGAACGAUUGGACUCCACCAAUAUUGACAGAGCCAGAAAAGAAACGACUUAUUAGCAGGGUCGACAAACGCUUGAAAGUUUGUUGUGCCGGGCUGCUGGAGCUCUCGGACAUUUCGAAUUUGGCGCCUACCAACGAAGACCCCAAAGUUGUGGCCUGGAAUCCGCAAGUCAAAUAUGUCCACAGAACCGCUGCCGAUUUCCUGGUGGAGGCUCAAACGCGAUUCCCAACAAACUCCAGUAUCGACUUCGGACCGAACAGUACUUUGCUCCGAGGGUAUAUAUCCCAGCUUAAAAGCCACCGCGUAAGCAUUGCCAGAUAUGAUUCCGAGCUGGAUAUGCGCAUUGGGACAAUCUUGAGCUUGGCAUACAUUGUUGAGAAAGAAAAUGCUCCACUAAGUGUCGAAUAUGUAGACGAUUUUUUAACGACACUUUUUCGCCACGUACCAGUACCGUCUCGAAAGGCCCACCUAGCCAACUCCAGUGUCAUUGAGCACUUCUGGCCACGCGUAAAACUCAUAUGGGCUGUUCGGGCAUCGUUGUUUCGCUACCUCACUGUCAAGCUUGGCCUCCCAAAGCAACUUCCACGGUCCCCAUGUGGCAGGUCUUAUCUUUACUACGCAUUAAGCGCGGAGCAUGAGCAUGUGAAUGCCCACAAGAAAAAAUAUCUGAACGCGACACUUAUGAGCUCUGAGAGGAUCGUUGCAUUUCUGUUACCUCACAGUAAUCGAACCGAUAUAAAAGAGAGUUGGGAAAGGGUUCUAUUUCAUGCUGCACGCUAUGUGGAUGAUUAUGAACGGUAUUUCAUGAGAUCGACGCGGGAUGAUGUAGGGAAAAUGCUCCUUGCUACUCUGCAACUAUUCUUGGAAUUCGGUGCCGACCCCUCCACGAAAACGCGAAAAAAAAACUUGUAUGGUGGCGAUGGAGUUCUUGUUAAAAUGUACAACAAUUGGCCAGUGGGCCAAUCAAAAUGGGACGUGGAAAGAGUCCUUUGUUUCCUAGCAGAGGAUCAUCCAAUCGAAGUGGGAAGAAUACGAAGUGUCAUAAAACGUCAAAGGCGGUGGCCUAGGUUUGGUUUCUUAAAGCACACAACCCGUGUAAAACAGCCAAACGUGGACUGGCAGCAAUAUCCGGAGCGAACGUGGUGGAAGAGCUGAAGGGGUGACCUAGGUAUUCAAAUUUACUCAAUGCAAGUCAAUGAAGUGAUGGGUAGAAACUUUCCGCUACUGUGCAAAUAUCAAAGUCGAACUGAAAACAGCAUAACAGGAUUGUAAGCCUUGAUUUGGAAAGGAUCUGGCAACCGUGACGAAAAGUCGCCCCUCUUAACACUUCAAAGUGUGAAAGCAGCAAGCGCUAUUUAUUUGAAAAUAAAUUUCUGGUUUUGGAGCGCAGUAUUUUGAUAAAGAGGUUGAAG